GUCUCAUCUCUUCUGAGUAAAUGAAGAAGGCAACUAUGAAAGCACAGCAUUUACCUUCUGUUUCCAUCAAUGAGGAGAAGUGUAUAACCAGAGAGCAGCUUAGUUCUCUGCUGAAGACAUAUAACUCGUAUUAUUCCGAUCAAGAAAACCUGCAGCUGUCAUAUAAUCAGACAGAAGGCAGCAAACCUUUUAUUGAAGGAAUCUUGUCAAUAUUUUGGGGAGUCCGGCAUCCUAUCCGAUUAAAAAUUCAGGAUGAGAAACAGAUACCUUCUUUUGUGACCCUGAAAUCAACAGAGAACAUUGGUUUGUUUGCCAGUAAAAGGGGAAUGACGCGCUGGGGAGAAUUUGAUAAUCUACAUCAUAUUAGUGGGGAGACACUGAAAUCUGCAGAAGAGAAGUCAAACCUGGAGAAAAGUUAUUCAUGUUAUGAAAGCAGCACUCUGAAGUCCAAGAGCGAGCAGGAACAUGACUCUGCUUCCCUGCCCAGAACCCUGAGCGAUGCCGCAGUGGUGAGGAAGAGGACCAAGUUCCCCAUGAUCGCAAGAACAGAAGUGGAAACUCACAGGUUUUCUAUUAAUGGACACUUCUACAACUAUGAGACAUCAGUUUUCACUCCAGCUUUUGGAUCAGAAACCAAAAUUCGAAUAAACAGCCGUAUGAGAACACGAGAAGUAGUAGAGCAGCUGCUUCGAAAGUUUAAGAUAGAGAACAGUCCACAUGAAUUUGCACUUUAUAUUAUCCAUGCAUCAGGAGAAAAGAAACAGCUGAGGAGUGGAGACAUCCCCUUACUGCACAGGCUCUUACAGGGGCCUUCAGAGAAGAUUGCCCAGUUUUUUCUCAUGGACAGGGAUGUAGAGGAGGUCAGCAGUGACGUUGCUCAAUAUAUUCAGUUUCAUCUUCCCUUUUUGGAAUCAAUUCUGCAUAGACUGAAUGAAGAAGAAGAACAGGAGAUUCAGCAGACAAUUGCAAAAUACCUUAAAGAGAAGAGUAUGAUACGCCAGCACCUCCAUAGUCGAGCUGUCAAGAAAACAGAGACUACUGUUUGACAUGACUGGC